AAGGAGGAGAAGAAGAAGAACGACGUAAGGACGUAUUGUUAGUGUACUUUCCACGUUAACGACUCUGCUAUACAAGUUAGCAUGUGCGCCCUCGAAGGUUCAGCAUAAUUUACGUUCUCAGUUAAUGCACAUCGGAAUAUUCACAUCUUCGGCAACAGCAUGAGCACGUUAUGGAUGGGGAACCUGGAGGCCUACAUGGAUGAGAAGUUUAUCACCAGGGCCUUCUCUACCAUGGGAGAGCAGGUGAUAAAUGUACGGAUCAUACGCAACAAGAUGACAGGGGGUGCGCUGGGUUACUGUUUCGUGGAGAUGACAGAUGAGGCCACAGCUGAGAGGUGUCUCCGCAAAAUCAAUGGAAAAGCCUUACCAGGAGCCAAUCCGCCCACAAGAUUCAAAUUAAACCGAGCCACCUUUGGGAAACAAGACAGUGGACAGAUGUAUUCUCUGUUUGUGGGAGAUCUAACUCCAGAGGUGGAUGAUGGGAUGCUUUAUGAGUUUUUUUACAACCGCUACCCUUCCUGCCGUGGUGGAAAAGUGGUGCUGGACAGCAUGGGCAACUCCAAGGGCUGUGGCUUUGUUCAGUUCCCAGACGAGCGGCUGCAGAAGCGGGCGUUAGAGGAGUGUCAGGGUGCUGUGGGAUUGGGUGGUAAACCUCUGAGACUGAGCCUGGCUGCUAACAAUUUAAGGAACAGGCAGCAGCAGCCAUCAGAGCACAGAUCGUGGCAGUCCAACUCAGCGUACAGACACAGCUACGACCAGUACAAUCAGUACCAGCAGCAGGCCUAUCCUGGGUAUUACUCCUCCUGGGGCUAUGAUCAGACUGUAGGAGGUUAUGGCUACAGCUAUCAGCAGUAUGAUUACACACAGCAUCCCCCACCACAGGAAAGUGAAGCUGUACAGGAUGAUGGACUUGAAGAUCCCAGUCCGAAGCUGGAUGUGGUGGAGGCUAACAAAAAGUUCAUGGAGCUCAGUGAGGAACUGUAUGAUGCUCUGAUUGAGUGUCAUUGGCAACCAGCAGACUUCUCUGCAGAACAGGACUUUAUGACAUCCAGCCUACCAGAGCCCAUUUACUGCUGAAACUGACCACAUUGGGGAUUUUAUUUACAGUUGUCUGGUGAAAUUUUGACAGUAUGGAUUGUUAAUAUUAUUAUUUUUGAUUUUAUUUUCCUUGAUUUCAACAACAUAAAAAGACAUAAAAGUCCAGAGUGGAAUACCAAAA